AUGGACAUCCUGGAGGAUUUCGGGCUGGCGGCACUCAAUACGUUCGGGAAGAAAGGCCGCCGCAAUGGCACAUGGAGGAGCCCCGCAGGAGCCUGGACCACCAUCGACUAUGUUCUUGUCCGACGCCAAGGUGGAUACGGCCACGAUUCCCGCCCUCGCUUCGACCUUCCAGUCAACCUCGGAGGAUAUCGGGACCACCGCCCUCUACAGACGAAAUUGUUCAUCGGGGCCCGCUUGAAGUCCUCUGUACCAUCUGCACGACCCCGUUGGCGCCGUGAACUUCUCAUCCAAGACCUGCGCGCAGUCCAAUUGGCAGAGGAGGACUUCGAGCACAGCCAUCCCAUCCCUGAUCGUGUGCAUCUUUUCCGCACGAAGGUCCAGGAGGGCAUCGAGGCGAUGAGCUUGCAGGAGGAUUGGAGUGACGUCUGCGGCAGUGGCAAACGCUUUGCCGACCCCUCCGAGUACUUCAACGCGAUGGAGGGCGUCAUCAUUGAGGCCGCCUCCCAGGACUACAUCGACCUGCCACAGCCACGGGGUGCUACUACGGGGCCAGUCUUCUCGGAGGCCACUAAUCCAGAAGCCGCAUUAAAGUUCGACGGCAUCGACAAGAGAUAUAGACAAUACCUCGUGCAUCCUCUCUGGCGUCGGCGGCGUCGCUUCCUCGGGGCAUGA